AUGAAGAUCGGAUCUGGGAGGCCUGUCACUGACAGGGUCGAACAGUCCUCGACAGACUUCAGGGUGAUGCUGAUCGCGCCCUCUACAUGCAUGCCUGGAGCUCCCGCGGGCACGGCCGAUGCGGGGAGGUUCGCGGCCAAGACCAGCGCUCUCUCAACUCCGACGGCGUCAAAUAGCGACGUGGGUAGACCCACUUCCACGCCAGUCGCAGCGUUCACGUCUGGCAGUGGGAUACGCCCGUCGAUGGCAUCGCUCACGCUUGCCUUGGUGACAGUGAGCUCUAUUCCCUCGAUCGUCGUCGUUAUGCUUGACAAGUUCGAUGCGAUCAGCUGGAAAGCAACAGUGUCCUCCGCCUUUGCGAUGUCCGCGAGCGUCGCCAUCCCAGGAAUGGCCACAACAGGAAUCGUCAUCAUAGGAGCGGCGGUGAUCACAAAUUCAUCACUCCAAUCAGCGGCAGCCAUAGCGUUGUCAGUUUGGACUUUGAUAUCGGUUGCAGCUCCAGCAAGCGUGGAAUAG